CUUGAUCUUGAGGGCAGAGCAAACGAGUUUGAUUCUGAUACUCUGGUCCCCGACAUUGAUCUGCUUGAUUGCCCUCUCGUUUGCCUCUCACCAUCACCGCCUUUCAUCAAACCUCCUCGUCGGGUACAUUUUUUGGCAUCAGAAUUGGCCAUGCGCUCCAUGAGCCCCGUUUCGGAUUCCUGUGAAGAAGGCAAAUUCAAGUCAAGUGAUGAUUGUGGAGGUGCGACUUUCCGUAAUGAUCCUACGGGCUUGCCGGAGGGGUGUUCCAGAUUUGGGAUGGGAGCUGGGCAAUGGUGGCUUCUGACUGGAGGUCUUGUAAAUGAACCUGUUUCUAUGAGAAAGAAUCGAGCGUUUCAGGCCGGCCUCACGCCAAGAGUUACAGUAGAUACUAUUUCAGCCACUUCACCAUUGUCAAACACCAAGCGUCACCCUAGAACUCCCCAAAAGGGCAGGAAAAGCACCACAGCACGCUGUACGCCUUACCGUGACCCACAAGCCAAGCGCCCGACCGGUCCAAAGUCCAAAGGCCGCAAAGACCCCAGUUUCCCGUGCUCUCCCUCAGAGACAGCAGAAAAAGCAUUGGAACAGGAAUUUUAUGAAGAGCGAUACCCAACGAACAAUGUGAUGAUGGACAUUGCACAUGGCAUUGGCUGGACAUUGGCCGAAGUCCAAAAGUGGUUUCAAAUGCGGCGACGACGUUGA